CAUUCUGUAAUUAAAAAUCUAAGACGAAUAAUAAAGUGCAUCUUUUUCAAGCCUUACGUAACCAUAUAAGACAUAUAUAUGUAUAGCGGGUCGUGCAAAGUAUAACGUGUUGCCACCAGUUAAAACGUCAACAUCAACAAGUGAUACUGACAGAUUGCAUUUAAUAAUUGUGAACUAUUAUGUCACAGAGGAUAAUAUAUAAAGAAAUUUAUGGAGAUAAUGAAAGAGUGAAUGUAUUUGUAUCUAGUAAAGCAGAUGAUACUUCAAUAAGAAAGGUGAAAUCCACAAUUAACCAUAAGUCAUUAUCUGGUUCUACUGUGAUAUUAUUUCUUAAAGAAGUUUUUCUACCGCAAGGAUUUCCAGACAGUGUUCAUCCUGAUUAUAUCCCUUAUCAAAUAUGGGAUACCGUUCAGGCAUUUGCCAGUACUAUUAUGGGUACCCUUACAACCCAUGCAAUUAUGCAAGGUGUAGGCGUAGGAGAGUCUACGGCAACUCCACUAGCAGCUGCAAUUACAUGGAUUUUAAAAGAUGGUACUGGAAUGAUAGGACGAAUUGGAUUUGCCUGGUGGAUUGGAACAGAGUUAGAUGCACAGUGUAAAAAAUGGCGAUUAUUUGCUGAUUUCUUAAAUGAUGCAGCAAUGGGAAUUGAACUAAUGAUACCAUACUAUUCUUCGUAUUCAACAUAUGUAUUAUGCAUUUCAAUGGCAAUGAAGGCUGUUGUUGGUGUUGCUGGUGGAGCAACAAGAGCAGCUUUAACUCAGCAUCAAGCCCUUCAAAAUAAUUUAGCUGAUGUAUCAGCCAAAGAUGGAAGUCAGGAAACAUUCGUAAAUCUGAUUGCUUCAUUAAUAGGAAUAUUCAUACUAUCCAAUCUACCGCAAGAUGGACAAUACGUAAUGGAAUUGUAUCUAUUCCUGGUGGCAAUACAUCUUUAUGCCAAUUACUCAGCGGUUAAGGCACUUUGUCUUAAUUCACUUAACGAGGAUCGUCUGGCAUUAAUUAUAAAGAGAUACUUGCAGACCCAAAAUAUUCCUAAUUCUACUGAAGUUAACAAACAGGAAUCAGUGCUACUUUUUCAAAACCCUUCAAAAGACAAUUUCGGCUUUCAUAUAAAAAUGGGUGUUUCGUUAGAAAACGUUAUAAAGAAAAUGAUCUCUACUUCCGAUAUGGAUGCUCUUGUACGUAGGUUUCGAUUUGAAAAAUAUUUACUUGUAAUGGACAUAAAGCAGAAAACUAUUCUCAUAUCAUUUGCAAAAGGUGUAAAUUCCUUUGAUAUACUCAAAGCAUACUUCCAUGCCAGUCUAUGUAGUUUAUUCACGUGCAUGAUUCUAAAGUGGCCUGUGGACAUUUUCCUGAAAUCUCACUCAUGCAACCCGUCAUAUCCUCUAAUGCGGAUGUACAUUUUUAAUAAAAGUACUACACCGAAAGUUACCAAUAAAUGUGAAAAUCCUGCAUUUAUUAUUUUUAAUUCGAAUGAUUUUAUUUUUGACGAAUAUAACGCGUUUAUUGCACAGCUAAAUAAAAGUGAAUGGAUUACAAACACAAAUCUACUGCCAGUUGGGGCUUGGAGGGGUUACUGGUCACUCGUAAAGGAAUCAAAUUAAGGUAGUAUGCUUCCUUGCAUAGAUACAGGGUAUAUCAUCAACAUAGUGUAACAUUAAAACUUUUUUAAUCUGUAUUAUACCAAACAGGCAUAUAUGCGCAUGUAUUUCUGAUGACUUAUAAAAAUAUAAUACAGUUAUGACCUGUACAAAAUAAUGUA